AUGGCUGAUGAUUACGGCUCAGAUGGCGUUAUAUCCCAAACACAUGAUACCAUGCACAAAGUGUUCCUUGUUCUACUUGAACAAUUCACCGUAAUUGAAAGUAGUUGCGCUUAUACACAUAUUCGUGGAAAAUAUAAAGGCAUAUGUGAGAAGAAAGAAUACUUGGACGAUAUAUUUACUAACAUAGAUGUUAUUGAUGAGUUCAAUUCGAAUGUGUUUCUGGAGAAGGUAGUGUUUGCAUGCAGCAAUUAUGAUGAAUACUUCAAGUGUGUAAAGUGUUCUGCUAAACAUGUGUGUGCUGAAGAACAAGAUAGAUUUCAUGAAGUUCUCGCUGAAAGAUGGUCAGUCUUCUGUGACGGUGACCAGCCGGCAAGCUGGCUUGCAACAAUUCUGCAGAAUGAAGUCAACUACACUUCCUCAUGUUACUUCAAAUUUAUGGACACAUUGUAUUCUUGCCUACCCAAAUCAUCUCCCAAGGAUGACAGUCCUACCUUCUCAGAACUUGCCGAUUUAGACAGAAACAUCACACAAGAUGUGUUUAGCUGUAGUCUCACUGGUAUUCUCAAGAACGGCAAUGAAGAUUGUGGUUCAUCGUGGAGAGAUGUCUUAAUGAUCAAAUGGCUUGAUAUUUCAUCAAGAUGGGGUUUGUCGUAUUACAUAGAUAAAGAGGAAAUAACACAGUUACAGAUGAUGAGAUGCUAAAGAGAAAAGUCAACAGUUGAUAUGGUCACUACACAAUAGCAAACAGAAUCAUGGAUAUAAUAUAUAUUCUUCGCUUUGAAUGGAUGAGGCUCUGAAUUGUCUGUUUUGUCAAACAAAA